GAGAGGAUGAAGGAGGACGACGAAGAAGAAGCAGCAUGAAGCGCUCAAGCAUGCGCUAGCCGCCAAGACGACUCCGUUGGUUUCCUUGGAGGCGGGAAGGGAGGCAGGAUGGAGGAAAAGCAACACUUUAUUUGUGGCGUGGUGGAAGGUUUCUAUGGGAGGCCGUGGUCUAUGGACCAGAGGAGAAUUCUCUUCCAGUGGAUGCAGGACUGGGGUUUAAACACUUACCUCUACGGCCCAAAAGAUGACCUGAAGCACAGGCUGUUGUGGAGAGAAGUCUAUUCACCCGAGGAGGAAGGGCAAUUGCGCACUCUCAUCAAGGAGGCCCAAUCCAGAGGCCUGCGGUUCGUUUACGCCCUCUCCCCCGGGCAGGACAUCGUCUUCUCCUCCCCCUGUGACCUGACUCUCCUGAAACGCAAGCUGAGACAAGUGUCCGACCUCGGCUGCCAGGCGUUUGCCAUCCUCUUUGACGACAUCGAUCACUCCUUGUGUCAGGCCGACAGCGAGGCCUUCUCUUCAUUCGCGCACGCUCAGGUCACCGUAACCAAUGAGAUGUAUCGCUUCUUGGGGGAGCCGCCCGUCUUCCUGUUCUGCCCCACGGAGUACUGCGGUUCUCUGUGUUCCCCCAGCGUGCAGAAGUCUCCUUACCUGCAGACUGUUGGCGAAGACUUGCUUCCCAACAUCACAGUUAUAUGGACAGGGAACAAGGUCAUCUCAAGGAAACUAUCCGUGGACCGCCUGGCCGAGGUGGAGUCGGUACUGCAGCGCCCGCCGCUCAUCUGGGACAAUCUGCACGCCAACGACUACGACUCCCGCAGGCUCUUCCUGGGUCCUUUCAAGGGCCGCGAGCCCUGGCUGAGGGGCCACCUCAGGGGCCUCCUCCUCAAUCCCAACUGCGAGUUUGAGGCCAACUACAUCCCGCUGCACACGCUGGCAAGCUGGUACAGAGCUGGAAGCCAGGAGACAAAAGACGAGGAGACAGAUUAUUGUCCUGACAGAGCUCUGUCCGCCGCAUUGCACGACUGGAUGGAAGAACUGAACCAACCUCUACAAGCGGGACGGCAAAGCGCACGAGCAGAUCACCGCUGUUCCCGAUCCAAAACGCCAGACAGAUCUGACUGCACCUCCACCUUUCGAGGGACCUCUAUGGUGGAGAAACUCCCCGUCUUCCCCCUGAACUCAAGCUCCCCCCCUCCAUCACCUACCAAGGGCAAAGGGGAGAGUGAGGUCCGUGAGGGCGAGAAACGUCAGCCCGGGCAGGUUCCGGCAUCCAGACCCGCAGUUCCUGCCGGGGGAGGCCAUGGACCUAAGGCCCAGGGUCGAGGCCUCUCUGGUGGGAAGGGCCUACUGAGUGAGGCCCAGGUGCGGCUGCUGGUGGGCCUCCAUUAUCUGCCUCACGAGCACGGCCCGUCGGCCCAGAAACUUAUCCAGGAUCUGACCUGGCUCAAAAGCAACUGCCACCUGGUCAGCGCCAACAGCAAGAAGAGCACACCGCACAAGGUGGAUGAAUGGCGGGACCGGGCUUCUGGGUUCCUGUCGCUGUGCGAAGACAUCGCACAGCUGCACUGUAGCGUCGUGGGCGGAGCCAACCGUGCUGUGCUGUAUGACCUUUACCCUUACGUGUGGGACCUGAGGAACAUGGCACUUGUGGCCAAGGCCUUCGUGUGCUGGCUGGAUGGUCGUGUCCUGAAUGACAGCGCCACCUUGGCCUCCUGGAGGAAUUGCUUCCACUUGUGCGGGAAGACCACGGGAACGGAGCUACUGGGGGAAGAAUCGGAGCCAUGGGUGCUCAAAGGCGGCGUAUCCGGGGAAGUGCAGAUGCUUCUCCCGAUAGGCGGCAGCGGCGAACUCUUUACCCACCCUCCGCCUCUCUUCCCCACCUCACGACUCUACAACAUCAGGCCCUACCGCAGUAAGGACAAGGUGGAGUUGUACCGCAUGGUACGUCAGCUCCACCUCAGGUCUCAGUGUGGCCAAGAUUCCGGUGCGUCUCAUCCGGAUGUUGUAGGAGACAGGUGUCUGGGAUCAUGCCUGGCCUUGUGCCCCGAGUAUAGCUUCAUCUUGGAGGACGAGCUGGGAGUGUGCGGCUGUAUUUUGGGCAUCCUGGACGUGCGCUCUUUUGCCAAGAGGUGUCAGGCCAGCUGGUUGCCCGCCAUGAGGGACAAGUACCUUCCCAAAGGGGAUCUAAUCAAGCUGAUGGAGGAGGACCAGGGAGAGUAUCCCGACUCGCUCCUCUACCACUUCCCCUCCCAGUUGCGUCUUGACACUCUGCCCGAGCUGGUGGACGUCAGCGUCACCCGCACCCUGCUCGUCACCCUAUUGGUGGCCCUCAAGGCCAACGGUUCUCAGGGUGUGUUCUGCGAGGUUCAACCGACAGACCGGCAGAGGCUGGAGUUCUUGACGAAACUGGGCUUCCUGGAGAUACUCAGAGGGGAAGCUAGGAGCAGAGAGGGGGUGGUGAUGGCCAGGUUGCUUUGAAGACAUUAUCACUGACGUGCACAUGCCAAAAAAAAGUCACCUUCAAACACACUCACACGCACAGCGACGUGUAACGUUUGCACCAAUGCAGUGGAUACACCGAGGCGCUGCAUAAACAUAACACGUUUGAAAAGUAUCCGUUUGGCAUUGACACGAGUGUACUUUUUUUUCCUCCUUCCUGGCGGAUUUACAAAAUCAAACACUACUGAAUGUUUUUAUCUCUAGAUGUCCUCUCAAGGGAGACAAUAAGGUGGGAGAAGUGUCUUCAAACCAAUCUGGAUUGAAACUUGCUUUAAUAACACCCCCC